CAAAGCGCACAUCGGAUUAGUAGUUGCUCCUCCUUCCCUACUCCCAUACUCGCAACAAACAUUCCCUCCCCAAAUGAGAAUCACCGUGCAGUCGUCCAAGGCCGUGAAGCCCGCCUAUGGCCGCGGCUGCAACGGCGACCACCGCAGCAGCGGCGCCUUUUCGUUCGCCACCGCCGACUUCGUCCCACUCACCGUGCUGGACAAGGUCGCCGUCGACGCCUACAUCUCCCGCAUAUACUUCUUCCGGCCGCCGGCCCCGUCCAACUCCGUCGUCGAGGCGGGGCUAGCCAAGGCGCUGGCCGAGUACCGCGAGUGGGCCGGCCGGCUCGGCGUGGACGCCUGCGGCAACCGGGGGAUACUCCUCAACGACGCCGGCGUGCGGUUCGUCGAGGCGGCGGCGGGAGUCGCCCUCGACGCGGUCUUGCCAUGGGAGCCGACGCCAGAGGCACUAAGCCUGCACCCGAGUGGCGACGGCGCCGAGGAGCUGAUGCUGCUCCAGUUCACGCGGUUCGCAUGCGGCUCCUUCGCCGUCGGCGUCACCGUGCAGCACCUCGUCAGCGACGGCCCGGCGGGGCGCAACUUCGUGAUCGCCUGGGGCCAGGCCACCCGUGGCGCCGCCGUCGACCCCGUCCCGGUGCACGACCGUGUGUCCUUCUUCCUGCCUCGGGACCCGCCCCGGGUCGAGUUCGAGCACCGGGGCGCCGAGUUCAAGCCUGGUCAUGAUGAGAAGGAGGCGGCAGGCACCGCUAGCUCCGGCGACGGCGACCGUCGGGUGGUGGUGCACAGGGUUCACUUCAGCCGCGAGAUGAUCUCGGAGCUCAAGUCACGGGCGUCGCCGCCGCCGGCCGCCGGCACCUCCCGGUCACGGCCGUACAGCAGGCUGCAGUGCGUGGUGGCGCACCUGUGGCAGUGCAUCACGGCGGCGCGCGAUGUCGGCAGGGGCGAGACCACCGAGCUGCGCGUCGGCGUGAACGGGCGCGCGCGGAUGCGCCGCCCGCGGGUGCCCGAGGGGUACACCGGAAACGUCGUGCUCUGGGCUCGGCCGGCCGCCACCGCGGGCGAGCUGGCGGCCAUGCCGCUGCAGCGCGUCGCGGAGCUCGUGCGCCGGGAGGUCGCACGGGUCGACGACGGCUACUUCCGGUCGUUCGUGGACUUCGCGAGCUCCGGCGUGGUGGAGCGGGAGGCGCUGGUGCCGACGACCGAUCCGGCGGUGACGGUGCUGAGCCCGCACGUUUUCGUCUACAGCGUGCUGCAGUCCCCGUUCCGCGAGGUCGACUUCGGCGGCGGCGAGCUGUUCUUCUUCAUGCCCGGUUACUUGGAGGUGGAGGGCCUCGUGAUCGUCGUGCCGUCGCUCUGCCACGACGGGAGCAUCGACGCCUACGUGUCUCUCUUCAGCCACACCUUGGAAACCUUCAAGACCUGCUGCUAUUCACUGGAGACAGCAAAGGCCCGACUUUAAUAGCUGUUUCCGUAGUAAAAAGUUGAUUUUUCUCAUGCAAUAAAAAGUCUGUUUUUGUUUGUUGCGAUGCCCACGCUUUGGUCUAUAUUACUAUCAAGGUCCAAUUUUUAAAGCACAAGGUGAUUUGUAAAGCAAUAAGACCAUCCUAUUGCAAUCCAUAUUGCAGUCAUCUUUUAGAA